AAGAACAAGUAAGACAAGGGAGUAACGGAUGGUGGAGAUGGAGCCGCAGACGCAACGGCCCCCGGUCAGACGGAAGAAGCAUCGCUCCUCAACACACCACCCACCGCCUACGAGGGACCUAUCUCACUGACCGAUGGGCCACCCGCACAUUGGACGACACUUAACAAGGUUGCUGGACCCACGAGCAUAGACUGCAAACAGCGAGCGGGUCGAUCCACCAAAGGUGGGUAAGUAAUGUCACUCGACGACUACGGGCCAACUGAAAUGACCGAAACACCCCCACCGGCGCCUCGCCUCGCCUCCUGGUUUGCAAAUUCCAAUACCACCACCACCGCCCGCACCACUUCUCCUCCUCCUCCCCACCCAUCCACCAUGGACACCGGCUCCGACUCGCCGCUUCCCGCCCCGAUCCACCGCCUGCCGCCGGACGCUCUCCGCAACGUCCUGCUCCGCUUGCAGCUGCGCGACGCCGUCCUGUGCCGCCCCGUCUCGCGCCUCUUCCACGAGACCCUCUCCUCCCAGUUCCUCGCGCUGCUCCCCACCAUGCGCCUCCUCAUCCUCCGCCACCCGCGUCCCGACGGCGGCGGCUGCCUCCACGCCUUCGACCCCGAGCGCCGCCACUGGCUUCGCCUCCCCUUCACCUACUUCCUCCCCUACCAGUCCUUCUCCCCCGUCGCGUCCUCCACAUCCCUCCUUUACCUCUGGGUCGACACCUCCUCAUCACCCUCGCCUCCAGCCCUCCCGUCCACCUCCUUCUCCUCCUCGACCGCGCACCCACCCAAAUCGCUCGCCGUCUGCAACCCCUUCGCCGGCACGUACCGCCUACUGCCCCCGCUCGGAUCCGCCUGGGCGCGCCACGGCACCGUCCUCGCGGGGCCCGGCGGCACGGUGCUCGUCCUUACGGACCUCGCCGCGCUGUCCUACACCCCGUCCGGACCCGGCAAGUGGAUGAAGCAUCCCCUCUCGCUGCCGUGCAAGCCGCGGAGCCCCAUACUGGCCUCCGGCGCCGCCGCCGUGUUCGCCCUCUGUGAUGUGGGCACCCCGUGGCGCAGCCAGUGGAAGCUCUUCUCCUGCCCGCUUGCCAUGCUCACCGGCGGCUGGGCGCCCGUGGAGCGCGCCGCCUGGGGAGACGUCUUCGAGAUCCUCAAGCGCCCCCGCCUCCUUCCGGGGGCUGGCGGUCGCCGCGUCCUUAUGAUCGGCGGCCUCAGGUCCUCGUUCGCCAUAGAUGCGCCGUGCUCCACAGUGCUCAUCCUCCGUCUAGAUCUGGCCACCAUGGAGUGGGAUGAAGCUGGUCGCAUGCCGCCCAAUAUGUACCGUUGCUUCACUGGCCUCUGUGAGGCUGCUGCACAGGGCAACGCCAUGCCCACUGCUGCUGCCGGUGGCAACAAUAAGGUGAAGGUGUUUGGGGGUGAUGGGAAGGUGUGGUUCUCUGGAAAGCGAGUGCACGGGAAGUUUGCAAUGUGGGAAGAGGAUGAGACGGGGAGCAGCGGUGGCAAGUGGGACUGGAUGGACGGUGUUCCUGGGAACAGCGAUGGUGUAUACCGCGGCUUUGUGUUGGAUGGCGGGUUCACAGCAAUUCCUUGACGCUUCCGGAUAACUUUAACUGAGCUGCAAAGUGGCAUGGUGGUGGUAAUGGUAUUAUAAAUUUUUAUUAGUGAGCACAUUAUGUGUCAAAGACUUGGAUAUAAUUUUGUGAAGUUGAAUAGAUUGCACUCAAUGAUUAUUGUUUGAGCAUAUUGUUUGUCUGGCAUGGCAUUAUUAACAAUCAAGGAAAUGGAUCUGUGGUCUGUAUUAGCUGAAUAG